GGCCCGGGGGAAGCGGAAGCGGAAGUGGAGCGGUCGGCGGGGCGGCAUGCAGGACUACCAGAACCUGCCCAUCGACAUCCAGACCAGCAAGCUCCUGGACUGGCUGGUGGACAGGAGACACUGCAACCUCAAAUGGCAGAGCCAGGUGCUGGUGAUCCGCGAGAAGAUCAACGGGGCCAUCCAAGACAUGCCGGAGAACGAGGAGAUAAAGCAGCUCCUCACAGGGUCCCACAUCCACUACUUCCACUGCCUGAGGAUUGUAGAGAUCCUCAAGGGCACUGAGGCCUCCACCAAGAACCUCUUCGGGCGCUAUUCAUCCCAGCGCAUGAAGGACUGGCAGGAGAUUGUGUCCCUCUACGAGAAGGAGAACACCUACCUGGCCGAGCUGGCCAGUCUCCUGGUGCGCAGCGUCAGCUACGAGAUCCCCUCAUUGAAGAAGCAGAUCAGCCGGUGCCAGCAGGCCCAGCAGGACUUCGCCCGCCGCGAGGAGGAGUGUCAGCUGGGGGCGGCUGAACUGAGGGAGCGUUUCUAUGCCUCCUGCAAGCAGUACGGCAUCACCGGGGACAAUGUGCGCCAAGAGCUGCUGGCCUUGGUGAAGGACCUGCCAUCACUGCUAGCUGAGAUCGGGGCGGGAGCCAGCGCGCUCUCAGAGGCCAUCGAGCUGUACCAGGCCUGCGUGGAGUUUGUGUGCGAGAGCUCUGCAGAGCAGGUGGUGCCCCUGCUGCGGCACGUGGUGAAGCAAGGCAACACAACUGUCUAUGAGUGGAGGACUGGGCUCGAGCCCAUGCGAGUGGAGCGGCCAGAGAUGGAGGAGGUGCCAGAGCAGCCAAAGGAGGAUGCGAUUGACUGGGGAGACUUCACACUGGAGCCGACCCCAGGCAGUGACAGUGCUGCUGCAGACGGGGGAGUCCAGGCUGAGGAGAUUGACUGGGGGAUUGUGCUGGAGCCCAGCCCACAAGGCACCCUUCUUCUGCAGCAGGAUGAUGGCAUUGACUGGGGAGACGGUGAAAGCGAUGGGGUGCAGAUCACAGUUCUGGAGGCUGGCACUGAGGUGCCGGAGGGGGUCGCCUGUGGCUCCGACGCCCUGACGCUCCUGGAGAACCCUGAGACUCGGAGCCAGUUCAUUGAUGAGCUCAUGGAGCUGGAACUGUUCCUGUCGCAGCGCCUGGUGGAGAUGGGCGAGGAGGCCGAUGUCCUGGCUGUGAGCCAGUUCCAGCUGGCCCCUGCCAUGCUGCAGGGCCAGACCUGCGCCCACGUGGGCUCCCUGCUGGCCACCACCCAGGCCCUCGUCGGCCAGCUCAGCACCCGCCGCAUGCAGCACCUCUUCAUGAUCCUCGCGUCCCCCAGGUAUGUGGACCGUGUAAGUGAGCUUCUCCGGCAGAAGCUGAAGCAGGCAGAGCUGCUGGUGGUGAAGAAGGAGCUGAUGAGCCAGAAGCGGCAGGAGGCACUGGCAGAGCAGGGUGCCUUGGAGCCCAAACUCGACCGCCUGCUGGAGAAGACGAAGGAGCUCCAGAAACUGAUUGAAGAGGAUAUCUCCAAGCGCUACAGCGGGCGACCAGUGAAUCUGAUGGGUGUCUCUCUGUGAGCUGCGCUGGAUGGCACAAGGACAGGGCACCGUGGAGAGGAGCCUGCUGUGGCCCUGCCAGACGAGCCCCGAAGGAGCUGGUAAUGCAGCUGUGGCCUAGCUGUGGCUUUGACAGCAUUGAAUAAAGCCAAAGCCCUUCUCCCA